AUGAGCUCUAAGCGGAAGGCAGAAGUUCCGUUGGAGGACGCCGCAGCAUCGAUCACAGUUUGUGUUCGGUGGGCAUUCAGUGGAGACGUUCUGUCCGUGGUCUCUCUUUGGCCAGGGGCUUCAGUUGCUGAGCUUCUGGAAUCCCUGCCUGUGGAGCAUCAUGAGGUGAAGCAGCUGCGAGUGAUUUUUCGAGGUCGAAGUUUGGAAGCCACAGAACUUCUAGCUACGUUAGGCAUGGACGAUCCUGUCAAGGAGGAUGCUUGCGUAUUUGUUGUGAGGAGGCCGCCGCGACUUGCGAUCUUAAGCUCGGGCAAAGACUCCGUCUUCUGGGAGCCCGAAGCGAACCGAAAAGCAAAGUCCUUUUCUGUUCGUGAGGAGGCCCAUUGUGUCACGUUUUCCGAGGAUGCCUCGCUUCUUCUUGCAGGCUAUUCCCAGGGUGUGGCACGGCUCUACAACGAGCAUGGGCUUUGCAAGACUUUCAGCGCUCGUUGCGGAAGUGUCCUUGCCGUAGCUUUCUCAUCAUGUGGCAGUUUCUGUAUCACCGGUAGUGAAAAUGGAACAGCCAGGGUCUGGAGCACCGAGAGCGGCGUCUGCCUGAGGCCGCUCUGUCGUCACAGUGGCCCUGUCCAAGCAGCCUCGCUCUCUCCCGACCUGAGAACAGCCAUCACAGGAGGCUGUGAUGAACUUGCCAGGCUCUGGUGUGCCAAGACUGGUGCAUGCUUGCACACGCUUCGCGGACACAGCGGCGUCGUCACCUGCGCCUCUUUCGCUGGAGUUGAGCGUGUGGUGACCGCCUCCUUUGACAGCUCAGUGAAAGUGUGGUCUUGUGAAAGUGGCACCUGUGACAUGACGCUCUUGGGGCACAAUGCUCCAAUUCUUUCCAUGGCAGUUUGUUUCGGUGCAGACUUUAUUGUGACAGGCUGCUUUGAUGGCCUUUGCAAAGUUUGGGCGCUGGCCACAGGUUCAUGCUCGCUGACCCUUGAGGGGCAUGGCGAUGCCGUUCGAUCCGUGGCGAUUUCCCCCAAUGGGAAGCAUGCACUGUCUGGCGAUGCGAGAGGAUGUUGUAAAUUCUGGUCGUUGCGGUCGGGUAGCUGCAAGCAAACCCAUUUUCUACGCGGUGAACGCAUCUUGGAUGUCGCCCUGUUCGAGUCCUAUCGCCUCUAUGCCUUGUCCGUAGUUUUCUACAGGCAUGAUCCCUACGCCCCCGGCAUGGCAGAAAAGUACGGCAUGCCUGGCAAGACGGACAACGAGGGGUUCGAUCCCUAUGCAGACACCGUCGGUCCAGGCAUCUACGGCGGUAUCGUCAAGCGGGAUGAAGCUGGCAGCGUUGUCAUUGGCAGGCAGUACCAGAAUCACAACCCGCGGCCUGGUCCAGUCUAUGCCGGAGGAGGCUACACACCGAUCAAUGAGGCACUGAGAAAAGGACCUCCUGCGCUGAAACCGCUGCUUGACAAGUAUCCGGAUUUGGCAAACGACAUCUCCACUGGAGGUGCGACGCCAUUGCACAUGUGCGGCAUGGGCCGGGACAAUCAGCAUGCCACGGAGUACCUGAUCAGGCGUGGUGCCAAGAUAGAAGCUCUGGACACCUACGGAAUGACGCCGCUGCACCGCAUGGCCUCCAACAACCUUCCAGUGGGGGCCAAGGCCCUGCUUGAGGCGGGAGCCGAUCCAGAGAACACGGGCCAGGUGCGCGCCAGCCCAAUGGAGAUUGCGCAGGAUUCGCGGGCGAAGGAGGUCAUGUCGGUCUUGGCAGAGUAUCUUCGCAAACCACGUCCCGUCCUGUCACAGCUUCGUGUGUCGAGCUCUGGCUCACAAAGUGUGAACGUUGUUUACACGCAGAGGGAUGCCAAGGUUAUCCCAGUGGGGUUCAGCUUGACAUGCGCCGAGCAGCGCUGGGAUGCUGAGAAGAUGUGGCUCCAGCUGAGUGAUCAAAAGACUCCCUGGUACGAGGCCGACAAUGGUGCAUAUAUCUAUUGGAACCGUGGUGAUGGCCAAUGGUGGAUUGAUGCUCCCGAUGGCAAGGGUGUGUAUAUAGCAAAGGCCUCUGCUGAGAAAGUUCCCUCGGACGGUUGGAGAGCUCUGCCCGGGGUGGCAGGACCGCUUCCAUCCGUCGACUUUCUUGCGGGACCAUCGAAUGAACUCUAG